GCCGGUCCUUUCCAAAUGUUCAUCAUCCAUUUGUAUCCGUAAAAGUAAAACAAUCACCCUUUUCUUCUGAUAUCUUGAUCAAAAUGAACAGCACCACUAAGGAUCAACCCAAGCAGCCUCUUUACCCCUCUAUCUCCUCUCCCACAGUACAAGAUGAAAACCCUUUUUACCAAGCAAUGCCGCCGCCGCCGGCGUCCUCAUCAUCAUUGCAUCAAGAAGCAGAGCAUCAUCAAUCCUCUGGAACAUCAUCGUCCUCCACUCAGCAGCCACCCAGCGAUGAGAAAUAUUGGGGGACUCAUGUAAUGGGGAUACCUGCUGUUCCUACAUGCCAUCCGGAUAACAAGAAAGCCGCUUUGUUUGGUGGUAGCGGUGGUGAUGGUGAUGAUGAUCAAGCUCAGUACAGCCAUCAUCCCUACCUCCAAUACAGCCCAGUUGAUAAACCCAGUAGCAGCCCUGUGGAAUCCAUUCUCAAUACGUUUAAUACCUGGAGCAAGAAGACUGAGACCAUGGCUCAUAAUAUCUGGCACAACCUCAGGACUAACUCAUCAGUCUCGGAAGCUGCAUGGGGAAAGAUGAACCUCACAGCAAAAGCAAUUACAGGAGGAGGAUUCGAGUCUCUAUACAAGCAGACAUUUACAACCUAUCCAAAUGAGAAGCUGAAGAAGAGAUUUGCAUGCUAUUUAUCUACAUCAACAGGACCAGUUUCAGGAACCCUUUAUCUUUCUGAUAUUCAUGCAGCAUUUUGCAGCGAUCGUCCCUUAUCUUUCACAGCACCAUCUGGCCAGUUAACUUGGAGCUACUACAAGAUUAUGAUACCAUUGAGCAAGAUCGGUGCGAUCAAUCCUGUCGUCAUGAGGGAUAAUGCAUCAGAGAAAUAUAUUCAGAUUGUUACAGUAGAUGGACAUGAUUUCUGGUUCAUGGGUUUUGUUAAUUAUGAGAAAGCUUCUCUCCAUCUAACUGAAAGUCUCUCAAAUUUUGUAUCUCCAGGAAUAGCAGUUCACCCAGUCGUUACAUAGCUUGAAUGAUAUGCAGAUUUUUAUGAUUUCUGGCAUGGGGGAUUAGUUAAUUUGCAUAUUUGUUUCCAAUCUUUUUCUGUUAAUGUAGUAGCAUAUAUCUUUGUACUUUGCACGCAUGAGUUUAUGUUAAUAAAGUGCUCUAUUUCUAGUUUUCCUUUGGGGAAAAAUAUUAA